AUGUCGUUUGCGGAGUGUUCUCGUUAUCAAUCGGCUUCGGAUUUGCACGCUGUGGCUGAUUUGCCGUCGUCACCGCAUGCUUCCGUUGAUCUCUCGCACCUCUUCUGCAUCUGCGGAGACGUCCCGAUUUUUCUCUCCGAGCCGGCGGGGGAGAAGCACCUGCCGAUGGCACCAUUUCCUGUCUCAAUAACUAUGGACUGUAUGGACACCAGCAUCGCCAGCGUCUCUGCUUUCUUUCUGAGCGAGCUCUGCUCACCUAAUCCUCGGCCGGUCUCAGGGCAACUUCAUGACGACUCAAAGCCCACCAACAAGUCGGAUUCUGUACUUUACCUAAACAAACGAGUCUCGCAGGCAUGUGUCGAGGUUUCGUUGCGCAACUCUGGGAGGGCCAAGUCAAUGACCGACCUCGCAGAUGCUAGUGCUGAGGACGCUAGACCGCAGCAGCUUCGGGAACAAACUGCGACUCAACAUCAGGGAGACCGCUCUUUGAGCCUUAGUCCCAGUUGCCGUUGUAGUACACUUGUGGACUCGCUUCCUCCUAUCCUCGGCUCGCUGUUCUGGCUCAGGAAUCUAGUGGUCGAUGUCUGUAUGGACCAAGAAGGAUUCAGGAUGGUACAGUCGACGAUGCACCUCACAGGUUAUUCUCCAAAAAGUCGUUCUUUACAUCCCUUUGGGCACCCUUCGGGACAAUCAGAGGACCUGUCGAUCGGCGGCGUGGCAGAGUUCAUGCCGUUCAAGCGAGAGUUGUUCGCCUUCCACCAUAACACGGCGCUCGAUGGGGGCCCUCCUAUCCUCAGGAGGAUCGCUGUUAACGGUAGCGAGACUCGAGACUACACUUCGCGCCUUGCUAUCCUGGACGUGAAGACAAAUGGCGUGUACACCGUUCUCGGGAACGAGCCUCUCUCCAUUGCCUUGUCGGAGAUAAUACACGAUAGCGCUGCCACGAGACCGGUCAAGUUACCUUGGAGGCUCGACUACGUCGUUGGCGAUCGCACGGAUAAGAGCGGGAAGGUCAUCCAUGGGGAGAAGACCUUGACUCCGCUCACCUUCUCGUGCUCGCCUCUUUUGCUACACCCUAUGCAAGGAAGACACAUCAGCCUUAUGCAUGUCGUCAGGAAGGCUGUCAUGGGCAAGCUAUCAGCCGAGAAGGUCAUGCCGCCGACGUUCAUGAUGAAAGGAGUCUCCCAGCACACCCCAGCUACGGUAGACGGGUCCAUCCGCCCACAUAGUAUUCAUGGGCCACCAGUUACUCAAGAUGAGGCCGAGACUCGGCAACACAGGGGGAGGACAAGUUUCAUGCAGGUGCGACGAGAUGGUGAGGGGAGUAGGGCUCGUUCGGCGAGCGCGAUACUAGUAGCCUGAGCGUAGUACUACAGCCUGAGGG